AUGGCGCCACACGCAAGCUCCCUACAGACCAGCACGUCUGUCAAACUGGAUCAAUCGAAAGGCAUGGAAUCACACUCGGUAUGGAGCUUCAUCAAGAGAAAUGUGGAUAUACGCCCACUGUCCACCGCCGUCUCGGAGGGCGAAAGGUCCUUAACCUACCAAGACCUCGACACCGCUUCAGCGAAACUGGCUGCGGUCUUCCUCGAUCGUGGAGUGCGUGCAGGGGAUACGGUUCCCAUCCUGCUGACCAGGAGUCUGGAAAGUGUAACGGCUAUCCUUGCGCUGCUACGGCUUGGUGUAUGCUAUGUGCCAAUGGAUGCCGACUCCUGGGGCGAAGCCCGAAUCAACGCCGUCUUACGAGCCAUAGAGCCGACCAGGGUGAUUCUCACGGCUGAUGUCAGUCACAAGAUUGAUAGAUCUGUGAUGAUAACUGCGGAAGAGGUCAAAUCUGCAUGGAAUAGUUCAUUCAAUACCGCACAAACGGAGAUAGUGGGGGGAAGUCUGGAUUUGCACCAGGACCCGGAUACGUGGAUGUAUAUUAUUUUUACAUCUGGCACGACAGGACAGCCAAAGGGAGUUGUGAUUCCGCAUCGAUGCAUCGUGAAUUAUGUGCAGCAGGGAAGCGACAAGGGGAUGCCAUUUAACCUGGGUGUCACCCAUAGCGAUAGGGUACUGCUACUGUUCUCUCUUGCGUUUGACGGUGAGUCAAUGAGAACCCCUACAAGCCGUAAGAAAAAGAAAAAAAUGAGCGCCCAGCUAAGUCAGUGUUGCAAAACAGCUGCGUGGGGAGUCUUCUUCAGCAGUCUUUGCCACGGUUGCCACCUCGUUCUCUCUGAGCCCAGAAGCGUGUUCGAAGAUGUGAAGAGUUGUACAAUCCUACCUGCUACACCAUCUCUCCUUAGCACUCUCGGUGAUGCCCAUAAUUAUCUCAACGUGAGGUCCAUAUUUCUGGGUGGAGAGUCCCCGAGUCCAAAGCUUGUGCAAGAAUGGUGGAGCCCCAAACGCCGCAUUUUCAACUGCUAUGGUCCUACUGAAGCUACCAUCUGCACUAGUAUGGGCGAGGUACGCCCCGGACAAAAGAUUACGCUGGGCGAGUCGAUGACGGAUACGCACUUAUUCAUUCUGAAUGACCAGCUGGAAGAAUCGCAUGAUGGAGAGAUAUAUAUCAGUGGACCCGGCCUUGCUGUCGGAUACUAUAAGAAUGAGGCGCUGACAGCGGAAAGAUUUAUCCAAUGGCGAGGCCAAAGGAUAUACAGAACUCUAGACCGUGGUCAAAAGCUGCCAGAAGGAAUUAUAUUCUGUGGUCGUGAGGAUAGCAUCGCCAAGAACCGGGGAUACCUGAUCAAUAUCGAGCUUGAUGUAGUUCCUCUUUUGCUCGCUUAUCCACAGGUGACAGCAGCGGCGGCGUUCAUGCACAAAGGAAAGCUGAUAGGAUGCAUCGCACCGAAAGCCGUGGACGUUACGGAGAUGCGACGGUGGCUGUCCCAAGGGAAUGAUGCCUUUUUGGUGCCCGACCACAUAGCAGCAUACCAGGAACUUCCAACAUCCCCCAACGGCAAAAUUGACGUAGCAUAUCUGCAGAGACCAUUCACUAAUGAGACCGAAUUUGAUGAGGAUUGCUUUGCCGAUGGCACUCGCUUGACUGCAGUCAUGGGUGCGAUAGCAGAUACCCUGGGGUUACCCACAAGCUCGAUCUCCACAAGCUGUAGCUACUGGGAGUUGGGAGGCAAUUCUUUGCUUGCCAUCAAAUUGGUAUCCGGCUUGCGUCAGCGUGGUCUCCAAGUCUCCUUUUCAGACAUAUAUGAAUCAAGAGGCUUGGAUCAGCUCGCCGAAAAAUGUGUCUCUGUCCCCAGCAGCGGUAGAACGCCCAUUGAGGCUGCGCCUGACUUUCUGGCUGUUGAUGCUCCGAUCACCACAACCCAGUUGGGAAUGAUACGCUCAUCUAUACGAAAGUCUGCGACAAGUUACAUGCUCGUGUCGGUUUCUGUCCCUUGGGCCCCUGACCCGGACCGCAAUGAAAAGUUUAGACGCGCCUGGAAGCAAGUUAUGCUGAGGCAUUCCGUUUUCCAUACGACUUUCGACCUCCUUGCUGGUGUCCAAAAGCCAGUUGAACAACGCAACUUCGAUUGGCGAGAGCGAUGUGUGUCGGCAGAGGAUUUGGACUCAGCUGUCGAGGAAGAGUCUUCUCUUCUUUUGCGGACCACUAAUCAUCAGGAUGAAGAAGGAAUGUUCCGUCCGCGAAACUCUUUUCGUUUGGUGAGCGCAUCCGAACACUCAAAGGCAGUGUUGCUGUGGUUGGUUCACCACUGUCUGGUGGACGGAUGGUCCAUGGGAUUAGUUGUUGAAGAGGUUCAAGCAAUUCUGAGAGGAGAAAAUCUGGAAUAUCCUCCUCAAUUCUGGCAAUUUGCACAACUACUCUCACGGCAUCUGGAAGACGCUGGUGGCAAAGGGAAGAAGUUCUGGAAAGAUGCUAUGUCGCGAAUCAACGACGGCGUGUCCUUGAGCCUUCCAAAGCCUGUAGCUCCGGCUGAUGGAAGUCAUCCUGGGGUGACAAGCUUGGCCAUCGACCUUCCAUUGCCACGAAUAGAGCAGACUUGUCGCAUAGCCGGAGUAACGUCUGCGACUAUGUUAUACGCUGCCUGGGCACUUCUUUUGAAGUCUUACACCGCUCAAGACGACCUGGUAUUCGGAACCGUGUUCUCAGGGCGCGACUUUCCUUUGACAGAAAUUGACAAGAUCGUGGGACCAUUGCUUAAUGCAUGUCCACUCCCCAUGAGCUUCGCAGGUUUGAACACAAAGGAAAGUCUUUUGGGUUAUGUAUGCAAGGCUGUGCACCAAGUUGCUGAGCAUCAAUGGACGGCUGCUGAGGCAUUGAGAGAUCUCACGUCAGGAAACCAUAACAGUGCCUUUCAGACAAUGCUGUUCUUGGAGUAUGAUUUGCCAGGCUUCACAAACAGUGGUUGGGAGUUCAGCCGGACUGAUGUCCCUGAAUUCCCGCUGACAGUCAUGAUACAGCGGAAGUAUGGUGGCCUCUGCCUUAAAGCAUUGUUCGACCAGACUAUGUAUACUCGUCCAGUUAUUGAGCGGAUGAUGAAGCAUUUUCAGAACCUGUUUCUCGCCCUGCUGGACCCAGGGACUGUGACCAUUAUCGAAGUUUGUGAUAGACUUUUGGAUCCUUGCGAGUUCUUGAACCUGAUUCAUAACUCGUCUUCACUCAUGAAUCCAUACUUUGGGCCGUCAAACCUGAAGGAUGUCUUUGAGAUUGGAGUGCGCCGCUGGCCAGAUGCAGUUGCUGUCGAGUCUACUGACAGGUCUAUCACUUACCGGGACAUAGACCUGCUAACGAACUAUGUCUCAAGGGCCAUUGCAGACCGUACACGUCCCGGCGACGCUGUUGCGGUUCUGAGUGACCGCAGUUUUGAUUGGGUCGUCUCUGUCCUGGCAAUUGUCAAGGCAGGAGCUGCAUAUGUUCCCCUGGAUACAAAGCUCCCUAUCGAAAGAAUGAAGAUGAUUGUUGAUUCCACACAAGCAAAAAUCUGCGUCUUCCCAAAUGAGUCUUGUUACAACAGCUUUCUGGAUGUGUGCAAUGAGAAGUUCUUACUUCAUGAACUCCUCUCCAAACCAGUCAAGGUACAGUCACCUAGGCUGAGCACCACAAUCAAUGGAGAAGAUAUAGCCUAUAUCAUCUUCACAUCAGGCUCAACUGGAACUCCGAAAGGCGUGCGUAUUCCACAUAAAUCGGUAGUCUCAUACCUGUCAUACAAGCCUGCCCGAAUGGAUGCUCGCCCUGGUAGACGACAUGCGCAGAUGUUCUCACCUGGAUUCGAUGUCAAUCUGGCAGAAAUAUUUGGCACUUUGUGCUAUGGUGCAACUCUUGUGCUUGCAGAUCCAGACAACCCAUUUGCUCAUCUUUCUCGUGUAAAUGGGACAAUGAUAACCCCGUCGUUCCUUUCUGUCUGCAAUCCUGAUGACUUCCCGACCUUGGACACUAUUCUCUUCGCGGGAGAGGCAGUGCCACAGAUCCUGGCUGACCGUUGGGCAACGAAUCGGACAGUUUAUAAUUCCUACGGCCCUUGUGAGUGCACCAUUGGUUGCCUUUUUCAACCACUCCAGUCUGGCAGAGAAGUCACACUGGGGCGUACUAUCCCCCGAGUCGGUGUGUACAUCCUCGACACGCGGGGCCGCCCAGUCCCGAUAGGGGUUCCUGGGGAGAUUUGCCUGACUGGUAUUCAAGUCGCCGAAGGAUACAUUGGCAAGGGCAUGGAAAAACUCUCAGGAUCCCGCUUCGUACCGGACCCUUUCAUACGGGGGUAUCGCAUGUAUCGCACCGGCGACCGAGCGGUCUGGACAGAAGACAUGGAGCCCCGAUUCUUGGGCCGCGUGGAUAACCAAGUCAAAGUCAGGGGGUUUCGAAUAGAGCUGGAGGAAGUCGAGAAUGCCAUUCGUGUCGUCAGUCCCGAGGUUCGCCGCGCGGCUGCCAUCGUGAGUGGAAACAACAUCGUGGCGUUCGUCGAGCCCGAGAGCGUCGUCGUGAGUCGAAUUCAAGAAGCACUGCGAGCCAAGUUACCAAGCUACACCAGGCCAUCCUCUAUUGUUGCGCUUCAUGCCUUGCCCACAACGCCCAACCAGAAGCUUGAUCGGAAGGCUCUCCAAUCGCAUGCGAUUUACACGACGACAAAGGGCGGAAAGCCUCUCACAAGGACUCAGUCCAUGUUGGCAACCAUAUGGCGGGAAAUCCUGGGCCAACCGGCUGAUAUGAAUAUCGAUCCAGAAGCAGAUUUUCUUCUUCUUGGUGGUAAUUCGUUGUCGCAAAUUAGAGUUGCGCAGAAGGCCUCCCAAGUGUAUGAGUUCAGAUUUCCGCUGAAGUUGUUUAUAUGGAACACGACUCUUUCCCGUUUGAGUGAACAGAUAGACGACUGUCUUUCGAGCAAGAAGCUUUCGCAAGUGGGUGAUCGCUCAUUCAAAUCCUCUUGGCGAACGAUAGAGCCCCCCUUCACAGAGGUGUCAUAUCUCGAGGAAGAAUUCGUGCGGCUUUCAAUUUCCUCUUCAUCUCCCCAAUCAUUCAACGUCGCUUAUAAAGUGAGAUUGAAAGGCAGUGUGAGCCUCCACAGUCUUAACAAAGCAGUUCUUGCUGUUAUUGCGAAAGAGCCCAUCCUGCAGAGCAACUACCGGAUGGAAAAGGGUCGUGUUAAAAGGAGUCAGUCGUCCGUUAGAUGCGAAGUCACAGCAGGGGAGUUCUGCGAUGCUGAAGUGGCUAAAUUUGUAAACCGUCCAUUUGACCUUUUCGCAGGUCCGUUGACAAGGGUCAUGCUCUGUCAGGAACUUGGUGGAGUCGAUAUCGUUCUUGUUCAACAUCACGCCAUCACCGACAAAGUCGCGGUUCAAGUGCUCUUCCGCAGGAUAGGAGCUACAUACGCCGAGAUUAUCCAGAACGGAGCAGCGGCUGACCACACGGGGUCAAUACCACCAAAUAUGUCAGACUACAGAAUUUGGGCCGAAUGGAAAGCUCGUCAGCCGUCCCAGGUCAGCGGCGCAGAUGCUACAUACUGGAAGGGGCAGCUGGCCGACCUUCCACGCCCUAUAUUUGAAGAUAGUAGCCAGCUGAUUAGCACCGGGCGAUCCGAGACUUUUAGUUUCAACCCAGGGAACACGUCCACGCGUCCGAUGGAGCUAUACGUGAUGCUUGUCGCACUGGCGAUGGCCAAAGUAAAGCGCGUCACGGACAUGGUGCUCGCAAUACCACAUAUCGACCGUACUGAGCCCGGAACUGAAGAUCUUUUGGGUGUUUUUCUCGAUAUAUUGCCGCUGCGUGUUCGGAUGACCGAGGCAGCCUCGCAGAGCCCUUUGGUUCUUAUGCGGUCGUUGAAAACCCAAAUUCAGGACGCGUUAACUCACUCGAUUCCAUUCAGGGACAUUCGUUGUCUCAUUGGUGAAGAUCAGAUCUUUCAAGUCCUGGUAGUGUACCAUAGGAGGGAAGAUUUGGUCUCGAGUGGUCUGGACCUUCCCGGAGUCCGUGUGGAAGAAAUGUCUUUACGGGCAGGGGGUGCCAAGUUCCCUCUCCUAGUAGAAUUUACAGAAUUGGAAACAGACAUCCUGUGCGAGUUAGAGUAUAUGGAGGGACUUGUCACCCGGGAUUUCGUUCUGGCUCUCCGAGAAGCUAUGCAGACAAUUUUUCCUGGACUGUGA